GAUGAGGGGGCGGCGGCGUCCGGUGGCUCGAAACCGGCGGCGCAGGACAAGGUGCUGUCCGCGUCGGCGAACCUUGCGCAGCUGCUGCCGACGGGGUCGGUGAUGGCGUAUCAGGCGCUGUCGUCGUCCUUCAACAACCACGGCGAGUGCUACACCUCCAACUGGUGGCUCACCGUCUCCCUCGUCAGCUUCCUCACCGUCUUCUGCGUCUUCUUCGCCUUCACCGACAGCAUCCACCACAACGGGAAGGUCUACUACGGCGUGGCCAUGAGCGGCGGCCUGAGGAUCUUCAACGGGGACGACGACAGCAAAUUUGCGAUCGCACACGAGAAAAACAUCCGUAAUGAACAAUCCCAGAAGGAGGCGACGACCCUAACCGGGUGGAGAUCAAUCUCCAGAAGAAAUGCCCAGAAAGUCACGGACAGUACUGCCGCAGCAGUGCCCGUGAAACCUAACGAUCUGACACUGAGACCGGAAGAGAUCAGGGCAAUUCAGGCGCUGACGGGUGAGCUAAAGAAGCGGAAGCUCCACUGGCUGGACGGCGUGCACGCCUUCUUCACGGCGGUGGUGUUCCUGUCCGUGGCGUUCAGCGACGUGGGGCUCCAGAAAUGCCUCUUCCCGCACGCCGGCCGCGACACCAUGGAGCUGCUCAAGAACAUGCCCCUGGGCAUGUCUUUCCUCUCCAGCUUUGUCUUCAUGAUCUUCCCCACCACACGGCACGGCAUUGGGUUCCAUGGCAGCGACAACAGUACCUCCUCCGAGGUGGGGGGCCCUAAGCCGGAGGGGGAAAACAAGAUCGAUUCCGCCAUGGCGGUGUACCUUAAGAAAGAGGAGGAAAAGAAGAUGAAUUCCUCCGUGGUGAUCGAAGUUGAGACAGAGGAGGAAGACGAGAUCAGUUCCUCCGACGUUCCGGGCAGUAAUGCCUCCUCCAGAACAGUUGCCGAUCCUGAAGACAUCAAAGCACCACGCUUGGCGGUCAAAUUCUACCAGCCAUAG